AUGCGACAACGGCCUUCGCAGAUACGUAUCAUCCAUAAACCGUUGAUUGAUUUUAUCGUUUGGCCGGGACUGCGCGAACGCUUAGUGCUAUUUCCGCAUCAGCACUGCUCGGCCAAAUUUUGGAAUCUCUUCUGGCAUUGCUUUCGGUUUGACUGGCCUUACACAUUGGAGGAUGCCUGUUUGCAGCACAGCCAGUCUGGGCUGUAUCAAUUCUCUGGGACAUUUACUCAUCACUUCUUCGACCUGCAGCGCUGGCGCAUGACAAGUAGCUUUGUGGAGGAAUUUCCCGACCUAGAGCCUGACGUCAAUGUUGUGCCAUCAGUCAGUGGCUCGGCAUCUCCUGCCAUGGAUGAGGAAGGCUUUCUUACUGGUUUGGAGGAGCUCGUUCAUGCAGAUGAACCCCAGUUGGAGGCUUUGCCAGCGAGCUUUUUCACCGACCUGCAGUCUAUGGAUUGGCCAGCCAGUCGAUCUAGCAUGUUUUAA